GCGGGCCUGGGUGGUCGGUGCGGGCACCCAGGGGCCGAUCCCGCCCCAGGUUCCUUGCAGGUAGGGAGUGGGAGUCCCGAGCGGAGCCUGGGGGCCCGGCUGGGAGCCGCAGGAAGUCUCACAGCUGCCGAGGGGUGCGUGCCGACGGGGCGGCCUGGGUGCAGGUGCCGGGCAUCGGGACCCGGCCAGGACCCUUCCUUUCCUAGCUGUUUCCUCAUCGGAAAAAAGGGCCAGGUGUACAGCAGUGGCAGCAUCCAUGGCAGGUCCCCUGUGGCGGGCUGCGGCAUUUGUGCAGAGACAUAGGACAGGCCUAUUGGUGGGUUCCUGUGCAGGCCUGUUUGGGGCCCAGAUCUUGUACCACCUCUUCCCAGAUCCUGUGGUUCGAUGGCUAUACCAGUACUGGCCUCAGGGCCAGCCAGCCCUACUCUCCCCAAAGCUUCAGAGACUCUUCCAAGAGGUGCUACAGGACGUUGGUGUCCCGUCAGGCCAUUGCUACAAGGCCUUCACCACUUUCACCUUCCAGCCAGUGAGUGCUGGCUUCCCAAGACUCCCUGCUGGGGCCGUGGUGGGCAUCCCCGCCAGCUUCCUGAGUGACACAUUGACCAACACUGACCGCCCUGUGAUUGUACAUGGGCAAAGAGUGGACUGGAAAAGCCCAGAAGGUACCCGGCUGAGAGAUGCCCUGACCCUGUCCCAUGAUGCCCAGAAGUUUGCCUUGGCCAGGGAGGUGGUGUACCUGGAAAGCGGUACAGCUGCCCUGCAGGCCCUGCCGGCCCCGGCUUGCCUGGCAGGAACUUGGACACUGAGCAUGAGUGCCAAGCAUGCCCUGGGGCUCUAUGGAGGCCCCAUGAACUUAAGAGUUGCCUUCAACCUGGUGGCAGCAGUGGUAGGCUUUGUGGCUUACGCCUUCUCCACAGACUCUCUCACCCAUGCCCUGGAAGCCUGGCUGGACCGCCGCACAGCUUCCAUGUCUGCAGCCUAUGCCCAGGGUGGAGCGGAGUUCUAUGAGAAGGUUCUGUCUGGCAACCUGGCCCUGCGCAGUCUCUUGGGUCCACCCGGAGAGAAGCUGUAUACGCCCAGUGGGAACAUCGUUCCCAGACAUUGGUUCCGCAUCAAACAUUUACCCUACACGACCCGCCGGGAUUCCAUGCUGCAGAUGUGGAGGGCGACACACAACCCAGGCCACUCCUGAAGGGAUCAUCUCACGGACAGUUCCAGCUCGCGCAGGCACAGCCCUGCCGACCCUGGGGGCUCUCUGCACCCACAGCCCAAUGUUAUUGGAGUUAAACAGCCUGGAUUCUACCUCAACCCACCUCUUCUGAUCUAAGCGACCUUGGGCACAUCCCUUUAUGAAUCUGAGCCUUGGUUUACUCCACUGUAAAAUGGGGAUGAUGUACACUUCUGGCAGGAUUGUGGGUCCUCUGGCCAAAAGGGUGUGGCAUACAUAAACGGGAUGUCCCUCCUUCUAGGUCUUUGAAACCAGUAGGCUGUGGGGAUGAGGUCAUACAUCUCACCACCAGAGGUGCUUGCAGGAUGUGAACACUCCUACAGCGAAGAACCACCCCCUGGUUUGCCUGUUGGUCAGAUCCCAGUUUCCUUCUGUGGUAGAGAUUAAAAGCUUUGAGGGGCGCCCAGCCAGUGUGGCUCAGUGAUUGAGCAUCAACCCAGGAACCGAGAGGUCACCAGUUCAAUUUCCAAUGAGGGUACAUGCCCGGGUUGCAGGCUCAAUCCCCAGUAGGGGGUGUGCAGGAGGCAGCCAAUCAAUGAUGUUUCUCAGUAUUUCUAUCUCCCCUCUCCCUCCCUCGGUCUCAAAAAUCAAUAAAUAAAAACAUUUUUUUAAAAAGCCUUGAGAGGUCAAGAUGAGAAGCUACUGUGCCUGUGAGGCUGGGAAAUAUGAGCUUGCAGUAGGGCUUUAAGGGUGGUGUGUCCAAGUGCAGCUGGCAUGCUCAGAGAGGGCUGGGAAGCCAGCAAGGUGUGGGCCCCAGGAGAGCCCCUGGGCCUGAAGGGGAGACGUGUGGCUGGAACCUGGUAGGACCUAUGGUGAGGGAAACCUGGCUGGAGCUCUGGCCAAAGGAAGAGGAAGGAACAAGCCGUUGCUAGACUGUGGCCCUGCAGGGACAGAGCCCACUGAUGUAAUAUCGAGCAUGGUCAGGACUCGGAGAGCAGAGGAAGUGAGGUGGGGCAUAGGGGAGAUGGAGAUGGGAUGAACUUGGCUCACAGGAGACCAUGAUGAGAGCAGAGGGGUGGAGGUGGACUGUCGACCCGGCCUGGUGUCCCAUCCUGAGCCUGCUGUUUUCCUUGAGCCCUCUGGUAGAUAGAGCCAGCGCCCACCUUUGGUCAGAUGGGGCUGGUGAGGAGAGUUGUGAUCAGCAAGCCAGGCCUCCUGUGUUGUUUUUGUUGGUGAUUAUGUUUGCCUGGAAGAGGUGAAGGAUUCGGGCCUGGUAUCAUGUAUCUCGGGGAAGGUACAUAGCAUUACGGGAGGCCACGCGGUGGCACAUGGUUCCUACAGCGGACUGUGAUGGAGAGGAGCAUGAUGAGGAAACAGGCCUUCCUGUGGGUCCUUCUCUCUGGGCUGGCACUCUACUCUGGCUCCAUUCUGCCAGCCUGUGGUUCCCCAUAUCAGGCCUAGCCAGACUGUCGUUGGAGGCAGAGCACCCCGUCUCUCAGGUCCCUGGAACAGUGUUGGGCACAGGCUUGAUGUAUGCAUAGAAGAAUGGAUGAGUUAGUGAACGGGUGAACAAGCCCCCACUCAGAAAUACCACCUUCAGUGGCCCCUCAGCAUGUCAUCCAGCUGCUGCUGCUGCUGUUGCUGCCACAUGGGACCACCUAGUCUUGGCUGGAGACUUGACUGUUUGGGGUCUGGAUUCAAUGUGCUUCACUUUCUCACCAUCCCUGCAAGAGCCAAGAUGGUGGCAUCAAGCCUGCC